AUGGAAAACGAGUCUAACUCUGCGGCACCGCCAUCAUCAAAUAAAAAGAGAAAGUGUGGGUACAAGAAAGACUGGGAAAGUGAAUAUUUGUGGCUGAAAGGUGUUGAGGGGGAUACAGAGAGGGCUUUUUGUGACCUUUGCAAAACGUCCUUCUCAGGGGAAUACGAUGUCAAACGACACAGACUCACGGAGACUCACAAGAAACGCGUCCAACAGAAAGAGACAUCCAAAUCUAUGGAUGCUUUCCUCCGACCUAAAAACGACUUUCUAGCUGACAAAGUAACUGCUGCAGAGAUGACGAGUGUGUAUCACACUGUCCAGCACGCUACGUCAUAUCGAGCAGGAGAUUGUGGCACAAAGCUAGCCCCAACGAUUUAUCCGGACUCGGACAUUGCCAAGAGGAUGGCCUGUGGUCGGACGAAGGCAGAAGCCAUUGUCACGGAUGUGCUUGCCCCUGCCUCCGUCGAAGAUUGCUUGAAAGUCCUCAGAAGACCACUGAAUGAGCAACGAGAGGCAACAACCAAAGCCCACACGCCAUUCUUCUCAGUGGCUUCAGAUGCCUCCAGUCAUGGGACCACCAAGCUCUUCCCACUGUCAGUGCGUUACUGGACACCAGACUUGGGAGUACAGAUGAAGGUCCUUGAUUUCUAUGAUGACAGUGAUGAAACAUCUGCUGCAAUCCACAACCAGAUAGUCACCAAGCUGGAGGAAAAUGGACUGGGACUAGACAUGAUAUCUGCAUAUUCCGCUGACAAUGCUAGUCUGAAUUAUGGGAGAUACAACUCUGUCUUCCAGAAACUGAAAGAGAACAACAAUUGCAUUUUAAAGGCAAACUGUGUGGCCCACAUCAUUCACAACAGUGCAAAACACGCAGGAGAUCAGCUAAAUAUUGACAUUGAAAAUGUUGUCAACAAGACCUUUAGCCACUUCUCCUCAUCUGCCAAACGCAUUGAGGAACUUAAGUCAAUUCACAGCUUUGUGGAGAUAGAGUACCAGUCCCUGCUUAGACAUGUGCCCACAAGAUGGCUGAGCUUGUGGCCCGCAGUGAAGAGGCUUCAUGACAGCUGGGCUCCUAUCAAGACCUACUUUCUCUCAUUGGGAGAGGACAAGUGCCCAAAGUCACUAUGGCGGCUGUUCAAGGAUGACCAGGAUGGUGAGGGCAACCCCCUUGAUCUACAGGUUUACCUGUCCUUCCUCAGCAAUGCGCUGAAGAUUUUCCAUGACACUGUGCUGGUGCUAGAGCGAGAAGAUGGGACUGUCUGUGAGCUCUACGAUAUGAUGUUCAUCCUAAAAACCAAGCUACAGCAACGACAGAGUGAUGGGUUCUUUGGGGCCCAGACAGAUGUGCUCCUCCAGCAGUUUCCAGACAGACAGGCAGCUGUGCUCAGAGAGGACAUGUGCAACUUCUACCAGUCCUCUCUCACCUACCUGGAGCAGCGCUAUGACUUCUCAGACUCCAACUACCAGAAGAAAGUGGCUAGCCUGGCACUAAAGAAGAGCCUAUUCAGCUUCUCCCAACUCUGUGAAGCUGUAGAGGUCCUGCAGCUAAGCAAGAAGUUGGACAUGGAUGCGCUAUAUGAUGAGUAAUGUGUCGUUUUGCCACGCCAACAGGCCAUUGUGCAGUCUGGAGCUCCAGUCAUGGAGAAGUGGGCCACCUUACUCAAGCACACUCACACACCAAACAUGACAGCAUUUGUUUCUUUCCUCUUGAGUAUACCAAUCACCAAUGCU